AGGAAACGGUUUAUUAGGAGGGAGUGGUGGAGCCGGGCCAGGCAGGAAGACGCUGGAAUAAGAAACAUUUUUGCUCCAGCCCCUUUCCCAGUCCCGGGAGGCCGCCGCGCCAUCCGCGCCGAGCGAGCCCCUCCCGGGCCCCAGCACCGUCCCGGGCCCCGCACAACCCGCGCCCGCCGCCGUCCAGCGCUCGCCCGGCUACCGCGGCCGCCGCCUGGGAGGGGAGGCGCCCGGCCCGCUGCCCGCAGGGCGGGCCCAGAGGGACCAUGACCUUGGAGCCCCCCAGGAGAGGCCUUCUGAUGCUCCUGAUGGCCUUGGGCCUGACCCAGGGCGACCCCGUGAAGCCGUCUCGGGGCCCGCUGGUGACCUGCACCUGUGAGAGCCCACACUGCAGGGGGCCUACCUGCCAGGGGGCCUGGUGCACGGUCGUGCUGGUGCGGGAGGAGGGCCGACGGCCCCAGGAGCACCGGGGCUGUGGGAGCCUGCACGAGGAGCUGUGCCGGGGGCGCCGCACCGAGUUCGUCAACCACUACUGCUGCUACAGCUCCCUGUGCAACCACAACGUGUCCCUGGUGCUGGAGGCCACCCAGAUUCCUCCGGAGCAGCCAAAGGUAGAUGGCCAGCUGCCUCUGAUCCUGGGCCCCGUGCUGGCCUUGUUGGCCCUAGUGGCCCUGGGUGCCCUGGGCCUUUGGCAUGUCCGGCGGAGGCAGGAGAAGCAGCGGGGCCUGCACAGCGAGCUGGGCGAGUCCAGCCUCAUCCUGAAGGCAUCCGAGCAGGGGGACAGCAUGCUGGGGGAUCUCCUGGACAGUGACUGCACCACGGGCAGCGGCUCAGGACUCCCCUUCCUGGUGCAAAGGACAGUGGCACGACAAGUGGCCCUGGUGGAGUGUGUAGGCAAGGGCCGCUAUGGCGAGGUGUGGCGUGGCCUGUGGCAUGGUGAAAGCGUGGCCGUCAAGAUCUUCUCUUCGAGGGAUGAACAGUCCUGGUUCCGGGAGACCGAGAUCUACAACACAGUGCUGCUCAGACACGACAACAUUCUAGGCUUUAUUGCCUCCGACAUGACUUCCCGCAACUCGAGCACGCAGCUGUGGCUCAUCACGCACUACCACGAGCACGGCUCGCUCUAUGACUUCCUGCAGAGGCAGACGCUGGAGCCCCAGCUGGCCCUCAGGCUGGCUGUGUCGGCCGCCUGCGGCCUGGCUCACCUGCACGUGGAGAUCUUCGGCACGCAGGGCAAGCCGGCCAUUGCCCACCGAGACCUCAAAAGCCGCAACGUGCUGGUCAAGAGCAACCUGCAGUGCUGUAUCGCCGACCUGGGCCUGGCUGUGAUGCACUCCCAGGGUAGUGAUUACCUGGACAUCGGCAACAACCCGCGAGUGGGCACCAAGCGGUACAUGGCCCCCGAGGUGCUGGAAGAGCAGAUCCGCACCGACUGCUUCGAGUCCUACAAGUGGACAGACAUCUGGGCCUUUGGCCUGGUGCUGUGGGAGAUUGCCCGUCGGACCAUUGUCAACGGCAUCGUGGAGGACUACAAGCCACCCUUCUAUGAUGUGGUGCCCAAUGAUCCCAGCUUCGAGGACAUGAAGAAGGUGGUGUGUGUUGAUCAGCAGACCCCCACCAUCCCCAACCGGCUGGCUGCAGACCCGGUGCUCUCAGGCCUGGCUCAGAUGAUGCGGGAGUGCUGGUACCCCAACCCCUCUGCCCGCCUCACUGCGCUGCGGAUCAAGAAGACACUGCAGAAGCUCAGCAACGGUCUCGAGAAGCCCAAAGUGAUUCCCUAGCCACAGGCCUGAAGCCUGACUCUCCGCUGCCUACAGUCCGUGUGGGGUGGGCGGCAGAGGGUGGCCUAUCUGGGUAGAGAGAUGUAGUGUGAGUCUGUGUGCUGGGGAGGAGGGUGCCCCUCUGCAGGUCGGCUGUGCCUGCCUGCCGGCUCAUCCAGCCAAAAAUACAGCUGGGCUGAAACCCGAUCCGAUCCGCCCCCCCCCCCCCCACCGUCUGGCCUGCUCAAAGCAGCAGGCUCCCUGACGCCUGGCUCCCUCCCCACCCUCAUGCCCUGGGCACAGCCCCUACCACCCCCAGGACAGGAUGCAAAAGAGGCCCCAGAGCCA